UAUUCGGCUAACUCCGCUUCGAGGGAAGACUCAUCGAGUGGUCACCGUGUAACUCUUAAAAUGCCAGGGACAAUUGUCAAUUACGCUUAGUGCCAUGGACGAGUUCGAUCGUGUUCUUGAUGCUCUGCUAGAUACAGUCACCCCAGAUAAUGUGCCAGAAGAUACAAUUCUCGCUCUCAACUUACUGGUAUCUCAUACUGUCGUAGCAGCUCUCGACCUUCUAGAUAAGAAGUGCGUGACGAGAUAUGACACACCAGGGGGACGUAAAGCCUACAUCGUGUCCGGCAGCACCGACUCGUACGCCGUGGAAAUAGACGUAUUCAGGAACACACCACCAUCUGCGCUCGAAAACGAUUCAUAUACUACGACCGAAAGCCGAUUAUUCAGAACCCCUCGUCAUUUCUGCACGUGUCCUGCGUUUGCUUACACCGUUCUCCUUCGAAGCCCAAGGUCACCUCUGGAUGAUGAAGAGGAAGAGCUUUCACCUUUGGUGUGCAAGCACGUUCUUGCCGUCCUGCUGGCAUCGCGGCUACAUAAGUGGACCCACUGGUUUUCGAAUCAUUUCACAAAUCUGUGGUCAUAUCGACAAGUCGUGAAAUGUAUAUGGGUGGAUAAAAUAACGAAAAAAAUUAUACUCGUAAGGCUAAAACUGUGCCCACGUGGAGUGGAGGGUGCAACAACGGCCAGGGCCAAUAAGGCACGAUGGUAUCUGAAUGGAGGAGUAAAGUAAAUGGGAGAUACAUAUGAAGCUGUAUCUAAAGCGUUUUCG